CUGCGAGAAUACAUUCGCAAUCACCAUUGUCUAUAAUUACCAACGUUGACGACGAUAUUAUUUCCGAAGAACCUUACGAUAACGAGUUAACUUUAACAGGCGACGAACUUUUUAGAGCUGUUCAAAAAGUUACAUCAGAAAAUGAGGACUACAAAAACGUAUAUAAUGAAUCAAUGUUUGGUAAACCAGGACUAGAAAAAUCAGCGGAGAUUCCGCUUAAACCCAAAAGACUAACAUGGUCUAAUAUAAGUAAAUGUUACGGCUACCUUAUGAAAAAAGCAACAUGGCCAAUGGCAAAGAGAGUAAUAAAAGCGGCCGUAGCUUAUUGGCUUGCUUAUGUGAUUGAUCUUAUCGUGCCUGUUAUGCAAGCAAUAGGUUCUGGUACUUUCUUGGCCAUUGUUAUGGUUUGCUACUUUCAACCCUCAAGAACUUUUGGCUCGCUAUUUGAGAGUGCCGCUUGGGGAAUUAUAGCAGCAUUUAUUGCAACAGUAUGGUCUUUAAUUGCCAUUACAAUAUCUAAUGCAUUACGUGAACCGGGCCAAAUGUUUGAUAUCUCUGCUACAAUUGUACACGUUUCUUUCUUAGCAAUCGGAACAUUUGUUUUAUCAUAUGAUAAAAUUAAAUGGCCACCCAUGCGUUAUGGUGCCAUCAAUGCUUGCAUCAUCAUGACUUUCUCUUUGACACAAUCUUACGUGCACCCUGAUAAUAAGUUCCAGAUCAUAAAAUCAUUGUUGAUUCCAAUGUUGAUCGGUCCAGCAUGUUCUCUUUUGGUUAACAUUUUAUUAUGGCCAGAAAAUGCUACCACAAAUUAUAUUCCAUACUUGCAUGAAACAUUACAAAGUUUUAUGGAUUUGCUUGAUCAAGAAGCUCAUUUUUUCCUUCGAGAUACUUAUAAUAGAAAUACUAUUGCAAAACUUCAUAGGACAGUACAAGAUAAUCUUGCAAAUCUUGAUAACGCGAAACGAGAGGCUCAACACGAAGUUUCUUUUUCAAAAAUUGGACCUGAAGAUAUAUUGGAAAUAACUAGACUUGUUAAAUCUAUGCAUAUGACAUUAGGAGGUUUAGCUUUAAGUGGUGUAAUCGAAGAAGAAUUAAUGAAGGAUGGAGAAGAGGGAACAGUAGAAAUUAGGAUCAACGGUGAUGAUACAGAUCAGACAUCUUUUAGUGUAGAUGAACCUCUUUCACCUACAAGUACCAUAGGAACUAUUGGAAAUGAAGAGGAUUUCUCAAAUCUUUUAAAAAUUUUUAGACCAAUUUGUACUGAACUUUCAGUAGCAUGUCAAUUGUGUUUAGCAGACUGUAUCGCACGUGUUGAUCAUCUUCAACACAAUUGUUGCGAACCGUGGUAUUACCGAUCAUGGCCAUUUAAACAUAAACCUAGAGCAGAUCAUAAUAAAAAUGUUCUUGAUGAUCCUUUCGGUUACUUACAGGAGGCCAUUGCAAAAUUCCAUGAUUCUCGUGAGGAAGCUUUGGAUAGUUUGUUCGGUGAAACACAGACAAUAAGUCCUUCUCCACAAAGAUUAUUCUUGUUAUUGAUUCUUUUUGAGAACAGUCUUAGAGAGGUUUCUGAAAGUCUUGGCUUUUUGGUGGGAAUAAUCAAAGUUCUUUCGACUACGAGACAAUCCAAGAAAUUUUGGUUUCCUGAGAUACCAAUUUUGAAACGAAUUAGGAAUUUCGGUGAAAUUGAUGAAGAUGGUUGGAAAAUUUACGAACAUAAAUCUAGAGAAGAGGAGGAAGAAGAACUUGGGAAUGAAGUUUUUGACCCUGAUGUAACUCCUCCAUCGAAUUCGAUUCAAAAAUUCUGGUAUCACUUAUGGCUUAUUAGAAAUUGGUUCGAUAGUAAAUAUGCAGUAUUUGCUUUCAAGAACACUUUGAUCGUCACUUGUCUAUGUUUACCAGCAUUCUUGCCUGGAUCUUAUAAAUGGUUUGAUACUUAUCGUGGUCAGUGGGCAGUUGUUAGCGCUGUACUUUCAUUUGCACCUACAACUGGAGGUGCGGUCCUUCAAUUCUUGGGUCGUCUUCUUGGUGUGGGCAUGGGCGCAGUAAUGGCAAUAAUAGCAUGGGAAAUGACUAAAGGAAACGUAUAUGGCUUAGCUUCUGUCUUGUUCAUAUUUUCCCUUCUCCUUUGGUUUGUUUAUCUUAAUUCAAAAGUAUGGACUGUUGGAGGAAUUAUUAUGUUAGUGAACUUUCCCUUGGUCCUUGCAAAUGCGUAUCAGGCCAGUUAUGGUGUUGGUAUGAAUGAUGACAUUUACACUAUAGCCGCAAAGCGAACAACGGCUGUAAGUAUUGGUAUUACAGCAGCUUUUGUUAUGAAUAUGAUUCCCUGGCCACACACCGGGCGUGUUGAAGUUCGUCAUCGACUCUCACGUACUAUCACAGACAUUGGGGUUCUUUACUCAAUGACGGUAUCUUCUCUUAUUAAAGGAAAUAAGAAUUCCAAUAACCUUAUAACGACCAAAACAUUCCGAAAACUUGUUGCCAGAAUCAAUAGAUCCAUAGCUAUCGAACGAUUACUUUUAUCUCGUACAGUAUAUGAACCUCCAUUAAGAGGCAAUUAUCCUAUGGAAAAAUAUGCACGUAUGAUAGAGAUUGUAGAGCAUAUGGUUAAUCUUGUAAGCGGAAUGGAAUAUACAUUACAUGGAUUAAAUGAAACUGAAUGGAGGGCGGAUUUAGAGGAAGCAUUAGAUCCAUCAAAGUGUCAUUAUAUUACACAUAUUUUGACUGCCUUUCAUAUAUUAUCAACAGCACUAGAAAAUCGAAUUCCUUUACCGCCGUAUAAUAUUAUUUCAACUGCAACAAAGAAUGGACAAUAUGGUUUAGGCUACAGAGUUUCAAGAAGGAUUAAAAAGACAGCUUCUGAAUUAACAAGAGAUGAUUUGGAAACACCAGCUUAUGCUUGUUAUUGUGCUUAUCUUAUAAAAACAAGUCAUCUUACAAAUGAACUUUUUAAGUUGGUGUCAGUUGUGAAGUCUUUGGUUGGUGUUAAUCGAUAUGUUAAAGAGUUGAUUGACUUCUAAAAAAAAAAAUUUUUUAUAUAGGUAUCAUAUAUUGUAAUUGUAAUUAUGAUUAAAAUCCUUUUAGAAUUAAUUUGUAACAUAAAACAUACACAUUUUUACAUCAUAUUUUACAUAUAUAGACUUACAAUUCACAUUAUUAAUUUAAGG